AUGAGGAGAGGCGACAUGGCCCGCCUAAGCAGCAUGAUGAACACACUGUUCAUCUCGUUCAUCGCAAUGAUCGUGAUCCACGUCGACGUCGCCAUGGCAGGAGUCAGCUCCGUAGGAGGACACUCCACGCCCGCGAUCGACGUCUUGGUCGACAACAACGGCGUCAGGUUUCCCACCCCAUCCUUCGCGCAGCUCGCAGGAGGCGACGAGGACGACAUCGCCUCGUGGCAAGGGACCGAGUCUCCAUCCGCCCACUGGAGGAAGAAGGUCGGCAAGUUCUUCAGGCCAAUCCUUCGCGUGCCCCAGGUCUUCUCGUCUCCCACUCCGUCCCCGCAAGAGUGCACCCGCGUCGAGCUCUCUGGGAACUUGUCGCGCGCGGUGAGCGACGUGCCGUCGCAGUUCACCGUGCAGGUCAAGGACUCUUCCGGGGGCAACUCCUCAGGAAGCAGUUGGUGGCCAUGGAAGAAGGCUAGCAUCGAGGUUGACCUCCGAAUGUUGGGCUCGACGCACAACCGCUCUCUCCGCCGGGUCUUUGUCGCGACGCCGGUCGAUCUCGGCAAAGGGCAGUUCCUGGUGGAAUACUUCACCAUCCAACCCGGGACGUACGAGUGGUCCGUCAAGGACUCUGCGGGGGAGCACGUGUGCGACAUCCACGGGACUUCGUGUUCUCCGUUUCAGAUGGAGGUGGUCGCCGACCGUAGCGUCGGAGCCCACUCGGUCGCGGAGGGCAUCGCACCCUUCUCGCUGAACGGGGUCUUCCAGGCGGUGGCUGGCAGCAGCCAGUCGUUCCGUGUCCAGGCACGCGACAAGAACCACUUCGACCGUCGUGAAGGCGGAGACAACCUGACAACAUUCCUUGUGCCCGUCGAACCCGCGGCAUGGGAAGAGAGCCAGCGCCACGAGGGCUACGUCGGCACCGUCAUCGACAACGAGGAUGGCACCUACGACGUGUCCUACAACGCCGAGCUCCACGGGACGUACACGUUGCAGGCGCGCAUCGGCGGCGAGAGGGUCAGCCACUGCAACGCCAGCGUCGUCCCGACUGGCGCGGCAGCGUACCCCGCCUGCGUGUUCGAGGACCCGGUGCUCACCGUCGUACACGGCGAACUGGACGGCACCAAGUGCACGGUGAUGGGCUUCCCCGACAAGACUCGACCCACAGUACACUCGGCAGGGACCGCCAAGAACUUCUCGAUUGUGUCCAAGGAUUCCGUCGGAAACACGAGGACGGGACCGAGCUUGGGAGAGCACGGCGACGACAGGUCAGACGUGUUCGUGGUGACGCUCUCCGACGACCACGGCCACGUAGUGCGGACGACAUCGGCCGUGCAGACGAUCACCGCCGCCAACGCCACGGAAGGCUCGUUCCGGCUGGAGUUCGGUGGAGCCACCUCCCGGCAGCUGUCGACCUCGGCGAGCGCGAGUGAAGUCCAGGCGACUCUGAUGGAGAUCCUGGGAGACGAGAUUGUCAACGUCACGGUUUCAAAUUCAAGAGUCCGCUCCGGCAGCGUGGCGUGGCGCGCGACGUUCCUGUCUCACCUCGAGGAAUGGAGCGAGAGCCCUCUGCGCGUGGCCCCCGCUGAAGAUGGCCGCACGAUCGUUUCCGUGGACCAUGAGUCUUCCAAUGGAGUCUACCCCAUCCAGUACACUCUGCGCAUCCCCGGGCGCUACGACAUGCGCAUCACGGACGUUGCGGGACAGGUGAUCGAUGGCGGGUCUCGAGUCGUUCAAGCAACCAGCAUGCGCACCAAGGCUUCCUUGUCGACGGCAACGGGCACUGGCCUUCACGGGGGAAUUGCAGGGAAGCGCCUGAGGGUCGUCGUGCAGGCCCGUGUCAUCGCCGAUCAGCCCGAAGUGCAGGCUCUGUCGGGGUGGACAGCGGGAAACGGAUCAAACGGGAACGGCACGUGCGUGGGAGAUCUCCCGCUAACAUUCGAGCUGGCCUACGGUGGCGAGCGCACCCUGCCCAUCCCCUUCGAAGCGAGCGCUGGCGAGGUGGCGGAGGCCCUCAAGGCGCUCCGCACUCCAACGGCCACAGUUUCAAGGUCGAACGGAGACGAGCUGUCUCCUCUGUGGCUCGUCACUUUCAACGGCGACACAAACAGCAAGUGCUUCAACGGUCCGGGGGGGGAGGCAGAACGCGCCCACCCUUGCCCGACCUUCGAGGGCGACCACAAGCCCCUGCUUGGCUCCACGAGCGGAGAGUUGACCUGUCUCUCCGGCCGUGACCGACCGUCUCGAGGCAUCCGCGUGGCCGGGAUCGUCAAGGGAACUCCGGCAGUAAACCAGGUCGAUUCACGAGAUCUGGCCACGCUGCGGUUCUCGCUGUUCGCCAACAACGGUCACGCCUACACUCCGCCGUCCGACAACAUUGAUCCGGUGAUCGCGAUGCACGAGAAGCAGGAGCUAACCUGCACCGUCAACGAACCGACCGGGACGAUGUCGAGCAACUUUGGGUUUCGGCUCGACAUGUUCAGAAGGGAUGCCUUCGUAGAGGCCCGCGGCACCCUCCAGGACCUCAGGAACCACCUCGAGAAGAUGUUGGCCUCGGCCCACCAGAAGCACGUUCGCGUGCAGGUUACCUCCGCCUUUGGGCAACGAUCGUUGUGCGGACCGCGCGGUAACAAGGUUAUGAUAGAAUUCUCCCGCACCAACGGCGCACCUCCGGAGCUCAAGAUUUCGGAAUAUGUCGGCGUGUCCCACGUCUCCAUUCGCCAAGUGACGAAGGCUGUCGACUCCGUUUCGUACGUCGGGCAAGGCCGGUACGUGAUCGAGUACACCCCGGUGCUCGCCGGGAAUUUCUCCGCCGAAGUUCUCGUCGCCGGCGCCAUGAUCCCACCGUCGGGAUCGAUGGGAGACGUCACCGUCCUGCCGUCGUUCGAAGGCCUCAGGGGGAAGCUCCAGGUGGACGAGUCCGGGGUUGCUGGAGUCCAGCACCGCGUCACGGCCACCCCCAGCGACGAGUACGGCAACGUCAUCGACCCGAGCAACCUGCCGCCAGGUCAAGGUCUCGCGAUCCGCGUCCGGGGCUUCCCCGACCCCCGCGCCGACGUCGACCUAGAAUCGAAGCCGUUUCUGGUCGACCUUGAGAUGGAGAUCGAUGGCCCCGACCUGAACGGUAACGCCAGGUUCGUGGGAUCGUUCACGCCUAUCGCUGCCGGGUGGUACGUCGUGCAGAGCGCUUUCGUUGGCCCAGACGGGCCAUCCAAGGCGCUCUUGGACUUCACGGAACGCGUUGGCCAGCCAGGACACCUCGGGGCGCCGGGCAUGGUGCGGACGCACCAGUUCUUCGACGACGACGUCCAACUGGCCGGCGUCUUCGUCUUGCCCGGUGAGGUCUCCGCGACCCAGUCGUCCAUCGCCGGACGGGGACUGCAUGAGUGCUUAAUUGGAACGGAGGGACUGAACGAGUGCGCGUUCACGAUCACCUCUCGUGACGCCUUUGGGAACAAGCGGUUCCGUACGAGGUCUGACGAGUGGCACGUCACCGCCAACGGCAUCGCUAAGCACGGUGGACUCCCUUCUUCUGAUGCAGACGCCCAAGUCGUGAGUGAUUCCCUCAACGGUAGCUACACGGUCACCUACGUUCCUCCGAGCGAGGGAGACUACCAGAUCGUCGUAACGCUGGGAAAUUCCUCGGCUACCUCAGCUAUCGCUCACGUGCAUGGGCCUCCAAAGCAGGCUGUGGGCCUAGCCGCCCUGCCGUUCAGGCUGGCCUGGGAGCACGGCACUGCCAUCAUCGCGGCGACGAGGUGGGUCGUCGACAGGGCGGCGCGUGGCGGUGCUGCCAUCAUCGCGGCGGCGAGAUGGAUCGUCGACAAGGCGGCGCGUGGCGGUGCUGCCAUCAUCGCGGCGGCGAGGUGGGUCUUCGACAUGGCGGCGCGUGUCGAUGCUGCCAUCAUCGCGGCGGCGAGGUGGGUCGUCCCCAGAGUGGCGCGUGGCGGUGCUGCCAUCAUCGUCGCGGCGAGGCCGAUCGUCUACAGGGCGACGACAGCUCUCCUGGCUCCAGGGAGAGUUGAACACUUGAGGCUCUUUCUCCGCUUCCUGCCCGCGAUCCCAGCGGUUGCUUGGGCAUCGCACGCCGUGGCGAACUGGAAAGAGAGCCUUGUCCUGCUGUCCCGUCUGUGGUCUUGCCUCCGCUUCGUCUUGGACCCACAGUUCGGGGUCGUUGUGCGCGCGAUCCACCCAGUUGCGCGUGUCGUCUUCGCAGUCGGGUUCGUGGCCGUGCUCGCCAUCGUCCUCGUGUUCCUCGUGCAUCGGGCUUGCUGGGGGCUCGUGGUCUACGUUGCUGACCGACAGGAACGAGCCGCUCGAUCUCACGGCGCCCCCGCCAGUGGUCUCCGCCGAACUCCCAGGCACGUCUCAACGCCCGACCGCGACUGGCUCACCAGCGUCGAGUCAGCGGUCAUCCACCUCCUAUGCGGGGUGCCACGACUUCGAGAUGAGCUGCUGGACUUCGAGCACCAGGACGUGUACAAGUCCUGGUGGGCUACCAUCAAGUCAUGGUUCAUCGCGCCUCGCCAGCGGCUCGAGCGCAACUUCGUGCUGCAACUGGCCGCUAUUGCUCGGGGCCUCUGGUACGACGAGAUCAGCCCCGCCAAGACCGACCUUCAACAGGACCCAGAACCUUUCGACAAGGAUCCGUCCGGGAUCUAUGUCAGAAUCGUCCAACUGACGAACUCCGUUCGUCGGCUUCUUGGUCUCUCCCGGAUCUUUCGAACUCCGGUACCCCUCGUACGCGACCAGCACCACAUGGUGCUCCAGGUAUUCCUCCAGGCCUUGGAAAACGUUCUUCCGCUCGAGACGAUGGCCUUCGUCGACUUCUGGGAGGUCCGCGCGUACUACGAGGACAACUUGGUGCUCGUGGAGCUCGACGAAGCCCCCGACCUGCUCUUUGUCCUCUUGGACGAACAGGCCAAGCGCGACCGCAAGAAGCGAACGGAGCGACUGCAGGUCAUGUUGUUCGACACCGACGACAUCGUCAACUACACCCCGGCGGCCGUCCUGAACGGCUCCAUCGACGGCGACACGGUCGUUUCUCGCGUUGACCUCGACGAUGACCUCUGGUACCGCUGCACCGGAGGCAACGUCGCCUCCAAGCUCGUCCAGCUGGGGGCCGCGACCGGAACGACCAAGGACGGCAUUCCCGUAGUGCCGUGGCUGGAGGCGGCCGACAAGCCGACGGCCAUGGUUUUCCGCAAGAAGACCCCCAAAAAGGCCAUCUAA